AUGACCGAACUGGAAAAACACCUCGUGGCCGUGUCUCCAGGCGAAACCAAGCGAGUGUCGACCUUUUAUGGUGGGAAGGUAGAGGUCACCGUUGCAGCAGAGAAAAAGUGCCGACAGUGGAAGUGCCGCCACUGCGUGGCUCUGUUCGCUGGUGACGCCAGACGAUGCGCACGGCACUUCCUGCCUGGCACGCUCCCCAAGCGCGGCUUUUGGGAUGACGGAGAUCAGCCUGGCGUCGUGCUUUGUGCCAAGCCUCCAGCAGGCUUGCUUGACAAGCUUGCCGACCUCAAGUGCGCCGAGUUCGUCAAAGCGAAGGCGUAUCUCGGAGGCGAGGACGUCUCCGACCUUCGCACAAUGUCGGCUGGGAAGCUGAAGCCAAGGACAGUGGCAGACCAAUCCCGAGCCUGGGAUGCGCUUGUGCAGCCUGUCAACGAUGCUUCCAGAUAUGACAAGGACGCAUCGCAUGCCGGCGAUGUGGGCCGACUGAUCGCAGUAGCGCUCGCGACGAGCGGCGUUGCAGCUUCCUUCGUUGAGAACCCUUGGUUUAAGAAGGCGAUCGAGAAGCUGCAAACUGGUCUCGUGGGCCAGUCUCCGUUCAAGCUCCCGGGCAGAAAAGACAUCGCGCGGAUGCAGUCCUUCGAAUCGCAGGCAGCGCAGAAGCAGAUCAGGUCCUGGGUGGCAGCGGUGGAGCACGUGACACUGGCUGUAGACGGGCGUCGCAUGUCCGAGGGACGAGACAAGGAGAGCAUGCUGAACACGGCAGCUUCUCGAUGUCUGAAAUCCCAUAUUGCAACGCGCCUAGGCGGUAAAGCGCGCAAAUGCAGAGGGGUUGUUGCUGCUGGCGCAGAGCAUUUCCUGCGCUCUGAAGACAUGUCGGCGGUGGUCAAAGAUGCUGACCAUGUCGCAGAGUAUGUUGAGGCGAUUUUUGCCGAGGUCGAAAGCCCCCUGGCCGUUCACCCGUCACCCUCCAUAUCCACGCGGCACGUGGCUGCUGUCUGCAUGGAUUCGCCGAAUGUGAACAAGGCCGCCCUGAAAAAACUGCAGGAUAAGUAUGCCAAGAUCGCCUUCUUGCCAUGUGCCUUUCAUGCCAUCGACGGCCUCUUUGGGAAGAUGGUCAAGGACAUCACCGUGCUGUCUCAUGCCUGCCGCGUUGCCCGGCGUGUGACUAGGUUUGUCAGCAACAAGUCCCGUGUGCGUGCUGCGGUUCGCAAGUUGGCAGUGAAGCAUGCCGUGCGCAAGACCCGACAAGCUGGCAGAAAGAUUCAUGCCGUCUUCUACACCAAGGUUCGCAAGACACGGGAGUUCCCACAAUACUUACAGGUGAAACGCGCCUAUCAGCUCAAUUUCCCUGCCUACAAGUACUUUCAGCGUGAAGGCAAGGAAAUCUGUCGCCAGAUGAAGCGCUGGGAAGAGGUGCAGGCCGCCACGGUCACUCAGAGAAAUGCAUUCGUUGCGGUCGCAAAGUUUUUCUUGGCGAUCAUGCGGCCCGUCAUUCAGAAGCUCCGCGUGGUGGACUCCACAAAGGUCAACUGCAUGCCGCAGCUCAUUGUCCACUUGUGCGACUUGCGGCAGACCCUGCACGACAAGUUCGUGGAGCUCGGCUACGCAUACAGACUCAUUCGCGCCCGCGAUGGUGUCGACGUGGAGAAGGAGAUUCAGACAGACUUGAAGCGCAUCCACAACAUUUGCAACGAAGUCAUGCGCCCCUUGACGACACGCUGGCAUCGAGCUGCCAUGCUUGCGGAUCCUCACCAUGUCGAGGAGUAUGCCAAGGAGAAAGAAGCUCGGGGAUGCCUGCAGCUCGAG